AAAGCCAUUCCGUCGUGCGAACCCAUCUUCCUUAGGACAUACACUUCUGCCUAAAAAGGAUUUCGAUUUAGCUCAGAUCUAUCCUCCUGUGAUCUGAAAAUCCUUAGUGAGGAAGAAGAAGAAGAAGUUGAAGAGAUGGGUUGCAGAAACAGACAGUUCUCCGGUGAAGAAACUGCCGCCUCCACGUCUUUGAGCGACGCUCUCUUGUUUACUACCAUGUGCAUCAUUGGUUUCCCCGUCGAUGUCCACGUUAAGGACGGUUCAAUUUAUUCUGGAAUAUUCCACACCGCUUCUGUUCACAAUGACUAUGGUGUUGUGCUGAAACAAGCGAGGGUGAUUAAGAGGGGGAAAUGUGAAGCUAACAUUAAAGGGGAGGACCUAAUAGAGACACUCGUUAUUUCACCUGAUGAUCUUGUGCAAGUCGUUGCUAAGGGGAUUAUGCACCUGGAUAGAAAUGAUUCUGGGAUUAGUAGAAGGGAUGUCAUGAGUACUACGAAUCAACCUCAAUCUGAAAGCUGUGGUAGAAUGAUAAAAGGCUUUGCCAAGGACAAUGUAGAGAAAGUAGAGUCUGCUCAAACACACAGGAUGCAAGCUGGGAAUGAGAUAAAAAGUUGUAUUAUGCCUACAGUAAUACAUGUGAGGGACUAUUCAAAUAUUGAGAAUGGAGUUGAAAAUGGUGAAAUCAAAAGCAUGCAUUUUGGGAAGGAUGAAGAAGCUUCUAAUACUCCGCACAAUAUGAGACAGGUUAGUGAUGUCAUUCCACAGGGGAAUGAGUUGGAUUGUGAGGGGACAGUCUCUUCAAAGGAAGAUGCAUCUGGAUUACAAGGAUUAUAUUCAAGUUGUACUCCUGUAGAUGCUUGUUUUACCCUAUCAUAUGCUGCUAAGGAAUGUCAAGUAAAUGCAUCUGAGCUGGUGCAGACAAUAGCAUCCUCAAAUUGCCUUCCUUCAUCCACUAACAAAGCGGAUACUGAACUUCAAGAGAGGCCUACUUCAGGAGACACUUCAUGUUCAAAUACUACUUUGAAUGUUUCCAUGUCUAGCCCUUCAUCAGUGGAUGAUAACCCAGGAUAUUGUGUUACUUCAUCUACAGCUCCCAGAACAAAUUCCCCUCAGAAACGACUAAGUUUAAAUACUAAGGAAUUUAAACUCAACCCUGGGGCAAAGGUAUUCUGUCCAUCUUUCUCAAAUCGUAGAUCUGUAGCACCUCCUGCAGUGCCAGCAACAACAAAUAUGGCUUACAUGCCAGACAAUUUUCCUUUAAUACCAGUUGCCACAUCAAAACCAGAAGUUGAAUUCAACUCAUUCACUGCCCACACACCUCUACCCGCCAAAGUCAUUUCCAGUGGUAACUUGAUCCAAGGGAACGGAAUUGUUGAUAAUCAAUUUUCUCAAAUGAUUGUAGGACAAACAGGAAACAGGACUAUGCCCCUUAGAUAUGCUGGUCAGUACCACACUUUUCAAGGGUUGCCUUCCUAUUCCCAUCCAAAUUACCAAAAUGUUAUGGUUGGACGAUUUGGGCAGCUUGUAUAUAUGCAACCUGUUUCUCAUGAUGUGAAUCAUCAGGGUGUGGCAGCUAUCCCUCAAGUACCUACACGCCCUUUACUAACAACACCCGCCCAUUCAAACCAUAUUCCUAAGCACCAAGGAAAUGUGGCAUCCCAAACAUUUCCUUUAUGUGUGACAACACCACUACCACCAGCACCACCUCUUAUGUCUGGAGGGCAGCAACCAUUUGGGUUACCAAAUCACCACUCCCUUCCUCAGCCUCCCUUCCAUGUUUUCCAUUCCAUUCCAGUUCCAGGAUCAAAUGGUAUAUACACCACCAAGUUUCCGUAAAUAUAUUUUUUAUUUUAUUAUUAUAUACUAUAUAUUGGCUUUACUUAUAAGGAAAUCGUUUUUAUUCCUACAAAAUUUUGGCUUUACUUAUUUCAUUUUUUAACCUACCCCAAAGUUUUGAAGUCUGUAUUUGGUUAGUUGGUAUUGCAACUUUAAAGAGUAAAAUUACAUGACCAAAGAGAGGGAUUUGAAGCUUAUGUCCUUCUUCAAGGAUCUUUCUUAGAUGUUGUUAUUCUCUGUAAAAUUAAUAUUUUUUCAGUUUCCCCCCCUCAAUUAUAGGUGCGGAGCCUGUUGUUUCCUA